CCGGUGAAAAUCCUGCACUUACUGCAUUUCCAAAGGCCGUCGCCCGCCAGUGUGAAGGUACUAGGCUGCCUGAUGGUUGGGUGGUGAACGGAACUCGAACGAACGGAACAGUUUCAAAAUCGCGUUCGCUCCGCUCGUAUCGUCGGUCGACCGUGCCGUUUGUGUGACGACAAGACGGUUUUUGUGCGUGUGCGCAAGUGUAGCAAAAGAGCAAAGGAAGGAGGAAAAAAUUGAUCUUGUCAAAAACUAGUGCUGAAAGGAAAGGAAGCAGCUUAAAGAACGACUGUUCCAUCGACUGUGACUUGAAUAUGGUGGAAAAUAACAGCCGUUGAAAAAGUGAUUGUAAACGAAAUUUGGAAACCGGAGGAUUAUGCUGUGGCUGAAUCCCGGAUUGCAGUAAAAUCGGGAAAAUGCAUAUAAUUUUCUCUGACUGUGCAGCAGUUCAUCAUCAUCAUCAUCAUCACCAUCAUCAGCGUGUCGCAGUUUCAUCACCCUUAUCGCAAUGCAAUCAACAGCAGCAACAGUCUCCGACGACGAUCUAAAGUACCCGAGCAGUGCCAGUGCCCUCUCGCCGCCGGAUUCGUCUCUGGACGAUUUGGAAGCAGAGUACGAAGACCUGGUGGACGGGAUGGAUUCCGCCGAGGCGGCAGGCGUGGUUAAGAAGCCACACUUUUUGGACUAUGACAAUAAACCGCCGGCUGGCUUGGAGGAUCAGGUCGUGUUCGUCGGUCAGCCGAGGCGGGUGGCGAAUGGACGGAUGGAUGAAAGAAAGGAGGAUCCUAUUUCGCAGAGUGUAGUGGAGGAAGGCAGCGGAGGGAUAGAAUUGAAGGAAAUUGGCGGAAGAGGUACUUGGCCGGCGGCCACUGGAUCCGGUCAGAGCGGUGCAAAGUACGCUGGAAGACAGAACCAUUCGAUGUACAACGAUGUGUCGGAGAUUUGUCCAAAGAUGGAAUGCGUUUACUCGCUUCUGUCGAUGCUGGGAUCGACCAAUUCCUUGGAAAUGUCCACUAAAUUCAUGGAGCUUUCCAGAAACAGAGAAACGUGCAGUGCAUUGCGUCGUUCCGGGUGCAUCCCGCUGCUGGUGCAGAUAAUCCACAAUGACCCGAAUGAGACGGCUCGGAAGAAUGCCAGACAGGCACUGAACAAUGUGAUUUGUUGCCACCCGGAUGAUAAAGCCGGACGAAGGGAAGUACGGGUUCUGAAGUUGAUUGAGCAGCUUAUAGAGUACUCGGAUCUGCUACGGGACUAUACGGAGGAAAGUCCUCCGGAGGUACGAGACAUCAUAGAAGACCCGGAAAAGCACCCAAUUCAAUCGAUCACCACCUUGAUGAAGAUCAGUUUCGAUGAAGAACAUCGACACGCCAUGUGCCAGCUGGGAGCCCUACAGACCAUCUCCACCCUAAUCCAGCUGGACCACGCAGUCCACGGCGCUAAUCCAAGUGCCCCCAAGUGCAUCACAAUGCGUCGCUACGCCGGAAUGAUUCUCACCAAUCUAACCUUCGGCGAUGGCAACAACAAAUCGCUGCUCUGCUCGAACAAGAACUUCAUGCGAGCGCUGGUAGCCCAGAUUCAAUCGAACAGUGACGAGCUGGUUCAGGUUACGGCUUCUGUUUUGCGGAAUCUCUCCUGGCGAGCGGACAGUGUCAUCAAGCAGACCCUCAGCGAGAUUGGGACGGUCAAAAUCCUGACCCGAGCGGCCAUGGUUUGCACUAUCGAGAAUACCCUGAAAGCGAUCCUGUCCGCGCUGUGGAAUCUCUCCAAUCACUGUCCCCCGAACAGAUCCGAGUUCUGCGAAGUGGAAGGCGCACUCGAGUUUCUCAUCGACAUGCUGACGUACGAAGCCCCCAGUAAGACGAUGAGCGUGAUCGAAAAUGCCGGAGGCAUCCUCCGGAACAUCUCAUCACACAUUGCCCUCCGGGAGGACUACCGGCGCAUCCUACGGAAGAAGAACUGCCUGAAAAUCCUGCUGGAACAGCUGAAGAGUCCCAGUCUGACCGUCGUUAGCAACGCUUGUGGAACGCUGGGAAACCUUUCCGGGGACAAUUACGAAGACCAGAAGUUCCUCCGGGAGAACGGUGCCAUUCCGAUGUUGAGGUCGUUGAUCUACAGCAAACACAAGAUGAUUUCGAAUGGAAGUAGCAUGGCGUUGAAGAAUUUGCUGAAGCCACCGGCGUCUUCGAUGAUGGCCGGCGGUGGUUCACCGGCUUCGAUUGCUAUCGCUAGACCCAGCGGAGUGGAAAGCAGGGAGCUACCGAGCUUGAACGUCCGCAAGAAGAAGGCACUGGAGCAGGAACUGGAGGAGAAGUUCCUCCCGAAAGGCUUGAGGGAAGAGAAGGACAUCUGCACCAGUCGAAUAUCGCCGGAGGAAGAGCAAGAAGCUGAAGACGAGGAGGAAGUCAGUCACGCCGACGUUCACAUCCGACUGGUGCCAGAGCACCAAAACCAAGAGGAAGAGACGGAGAAACCAGUCAACUAUAGUCUGAAAGAAGAGGAAGCCUAUCAGGACUACCAAGAAACCGAUAUCGAUCAGAUAACGGACUACUCGUUGCGCUACGCCGAGAACCAAUCGGAGGAGUCGGACGAGGAGAAGGCGGAAAACUACCGUCGAUCGAAUCCGCCCGGAAGCGGGAUCUGCGAGAUGGCCGAGGAUACGGUCAAGUGCUACUACACGGAAGGAACGCCGCAGAUCAUCUCAAGCGCGACGUCGAUGAGUGACCUGCGGGUGCAGCUGGUCGGUGGAGGCAGUGGUCAGGCUUCGGUGGCAUCGCCGAAGAGUGCCGUCACCAAGUCGGAUCCGAUUCCGAUUCGUGGUGGAGGUGUCGGAAGCGGCGGCAGUGGUGGUGGAGGUGGUGGAGGCGGUGGCGACGGUGGCGGCGGCAGUGGUAGUGGUGCGGGAAGCCGAGGCAGCGGUGGCGGUCGAUCGGUUUCGAAGGUGCUUGGCGAUACGGGAUGCAACACACCGGACAAGCCGUUCAACUACUGCGAGGAAGGAACGCCGGACUUUAGCCGGGAUGCGUCGCUGAAUGUGAUGGAUCUGAACGUUGAGAGGGACUCCAAACUCUCCGGCAAGCACGCCCCGGAGGCGGAACCCUCGGACCAACCGGUGACUCCGGCCACCCCGGGCGGCACCCACGCCAGCAAGCAGGUAUCGUUCCUGAACACGGCCGAGGAAACGCCGCUGAUGUUCUCCCGCACCAGCUCGAUGGGAUCGCUCUCGAGUGCCGAGCCCAUCUGUACGGCCGACGACAAGAGUUCCAUCAUCAGCGAGUUCAGUCGGUUCGCGUCCGGUGUCAUCUCCCCGUCCGAACUGCCCGACUCGCCGACCCAGAGUAUGCCACAUUCGCCGCGACGAACGGGAAUGAUGGCCAAGGCGGCCGGAGUGGGGGCGGAGAAGAAGGACCACGCGGUUGGACCUCCGGUGCAACCGAAGAGUGCAUUCGAGGACACGGUCAGCAAGUUCGAUGUGGAGAAUACACCGGCUGUGUUCUCCUGUGCGACCAGUUUGAGUAAUCUCAGUAUCGACGAUAAGGAGGACGAGGAAUCGAAGUUGGUGGUGGCUGGAGGGUCAGCGAAAGUGGGGCCACCGGUUCUACCGAUACCGGAAGCCAGUGCUUCCGAGGAUGGAGAGUCGGAUCGCGACGAUGACUUUCUGCUAGAGUCGUGUAUCAAUAUGGGCAUGAAUGUGAUGGCUAGAAGCGCAGAGGAUAAGAAAAAGAAGAUAGAGGAAGAGAUUGUGGUUCCACCGCCGCAGGAGCAGGAAGACCUGCUGCAGCGAUACUGUACAGAGGAUACGCCAGCGAGGCUGUCCGAAGUGAACAGCAACUGUAAUUUGAGUGUUUUGUCGAUGGAUUCCCGGAAUGGGCAUGAGUCGGAUGAGAGUUCCACGGUUUCGGCGGAGCAGAAUGACCGGCUAGUAGAGGAGUGCAUCCGGAGUGGAAUGCCAAAGCCGAAGAAUGUGGAUGCGAUGGGAUUCAUGAGAAAGGUCAACGGUAUGCCGCUAAUGGGAGUUCAGAAGGAGAAUCCCAUGAACAUGAUGCGCAACCCAACCCACUUGGGGCCUCUAUAUGCUAACGAUGAGGUUAACAAUUUCUACGUGGAGGACAGUCCUUGUGCCCAUUCGACGAUUUCGGCACUGUCGGAUUUGACAGUGGCUUCCGAGGCGCCGAAUGGAGUGAAGAAUGUCUACAAGAUUUCUUCGUUGAAGGGGAAGCAACCCCAUUCUCAGGAACAGGGAACCCCUUUCGCACAGGCUCAUGCGGCCAAUGGAUCCCUGAGUUCCCUAUCGGUGGAAUCGGAUAACGAUGACCACCUGUUGGAUGAAGCGAUCGCCGCCGGAAUCGGUUCCAACAGAGCCAAAACUAGUCAAUCAACGUUCCGAGCUGUGGAGAAUCCACUUCCACCGGUGAAUCGAAUGACUGUAGCCGCAGCGGAUGCCAAUGAUUCCUUGGAUUCUAUCGAUUCGGUGGAUUCAAACGAUCCACAGAGUAAUUCUCUUCUGGAUCAGUGCAUCGAAAACGGUAUGAAGAAGCUGACGGAGAAGCACGCUGAGCCAGGAUUUGAGCUUCGGGCCGGAAUGAACUACGGUCAGUCGGGACCGCGUCCUCCAGCGGCGGCACCGGACGAGAGCAUUCCGGACUCGGAGCGGGACUACGAACUGUUGAUGGAAUGCAUCCAGAAUGGCAUGCCAAAGGCAAAGAACAGUCAGCUGGUGAUGGAUCUCACGCGGAAUCUACAGCGUUUGGCCAUUUCCGGUGCUGCUGCGUCCUCCAGCAACAACCAGUCGUCGAAUCCAAAAAACGUGGACACUACGCCUGUGGUUACGAAGGAUGUCGGUGCCACCAACGUAAUGUCAGCAGGCGUAGUAGCAGCAGUAGAAACAACCACGGCCAGCGGAAGCAGCAACAUCAGCGUCACCGGUAUCAUCAACAACAACAGCAUCAGCAACAGCAGCACCAGCACCUCCAUCAUCACCCAUCAGUCAUCCAUCAUUACCCGUACCACACCAGUCACCAGCAGUUCCAUCCCCACCAUCACCACAAGAAGCGCGGAACUACCGGUUCCACAACCACAGCAACAACGGCGGCAAUCGCAACCGGAAACGCAGGAGCACCAGCAGGAGCAGUCAUCACGGCAGCGUCGUCAGCCCCUGCUAGCUUCUUCCAUCACCACCAGCAGCAGCAGCACGAUGGGUCAGAGUGGAUUUGAGAGUUUGAUGGAGCGGUCGAACGAGUUCCCGGCUUCCUCCGCCCUGGUGGGUCUCAUGAGCUCGUCGUCCGUUGGUUGCAACAGUGAGAUGCAGAUGUCCAACGAAUUCAUGGUGGAAUUUGCUCCGACCAACAACAAGCACAAGGAUCCGGAUUUGAUGCUUAAAUCGGUCGAGCGGCUCACACAGGAACUGGUUUCCACUGCGGAAUAUCUGAGGACGGUUUCGUCCAGCGGUGGUGACAAGGUGGAGAAUAACACCUGGGAUGAUGACGUAACUAGUGCGAAUGAUGUGUCGUUUCCUAGUUUAAGUGUUCAGGCUCCGAAGAUUCAGCAUUUCUGCGAUGAUGACGACACGGCGACGAUCAGCGAGGAGGUUGACUCUAAAGCCCUGGAUGCUUUGGAGGAACAAACUCCGAUGAACGAGCACCGAUCGCUGCCCGGUUACGGUAGCAACGAAGACCUGUCCAAGGAUGAAAUUCACUUCCAGCUGGGCGGUGAAGUGAAACACCCGAUGGUCGGUGGUCAUUUUACACACGGUUCCGACGGUCUCUCGUUCAGUACCGUUUCGACGCUAACCAACUCGACCAUCAUCGCUAUGGAAGCCACCAAAGUCGCCAACAAUCUGCAGAACCUAGCGAUCGUCGAGAGUGCAGAAUUUGAUCUGAGCAAGAUCCAUCCGCCGUUCGGAUCGGACAGUAUUCUGAUUUCGGACUGCUCGGAUUCGGAGAUGACAUUCCGGAACGAAUCUCGUAAGAUUACUCUACCAAGUGGAUUGGUAGCAAAGCGAGCCCUCGGGCAUACGUUCAACGAUAGUUUGAACUCGUUGCACAACCUGGACAGCAUCGGACCGCCUUCCAUCAUGGAUGAACUGAUGGAUUCGAUGAUCAGUGUGGCCAGUAUUACGUCGGAGAUUGUAGAUGUGGACAGUGGUCAUGCGGGAGCUUCGGAUCCAUACAUAAGCUCCGGAAAUUCCAGCUUGACGCUAAAUUCGAGUCUGGAGAAUUUGAUCAAGUUUUCUCCGACGAUGAAUGCCGGUGGGAAGAGUACUCCCAUUAGUCCGAAGAAGGCCGAGCGGCGGCAGGCGAUGAAGGAUCGCUACAAGACGUACACCAUUCCGAAGCCGGAGCCGGUGGAUUUGAAUCAGACUGCUGAGGAUGUGGUUACGAGGGAGGCGAGAGAAUCGCCAGAUGUGAAGACCCCAACGCCUAGCAACCCAUCGACCCCGUCACCGAAGAAGUCCUCCAAAGAACGUCGCCAGGAGAACAAAUCCCGAUAUGAAACGCAGGUCAUCUCCACCAGUAUCCUACCAUUUGCUGAUCGAUUCGCCAACGGAGACCCGGAUUCUCCCCGAACUCCGAGGGCCACAAUCAUUGCGAAACCGGUGGCCUUCUCUCCCCUCGUUUUGCACUCCCCUGCGCCAAUGUCCUUGGAACGGGUUCUGUCUCCGGAACCGGUGGAAACCGGAGCAGAUGAUGAUGAUGAUCCUGUGACCUAUACCAUCCAGGAAGCUCAACGAAGGAAAUCUCUGGAGCAGAAGCUUCCGAAUAUCCCAGCACAUGAAGCACCCACUCAGCUCAAAACUCCCCUCUCCAGCCCUAGCAAGGUGCCAACUCCAAUCAAGACUGUUGUCAGCAAGAUCAGUACCACUCCGGCAUCUGCUCCCGAAGUGGUGAAAACCGUUCGCGGUACGAAGAAACCUCCUUACGUGUCGCCCUAUCGUAAGUCGGUAAGCUCCGCACCGGCAGUCAUUACUCGAACUCCGGCUGGUGCCAAGAAAGAACUGCAAGUUGUUCCAAAGCUACGAACUCAAAGUUCCCUAGUGGAAGCUUCAAAGACACGGCCACAGCCUCUCAAGGCUCGAUCCAGUAUUGGCAUGAAGCGGAACUCGUUGGAGAUGAAUGGAAAUGGUUCGGUUCGAAGCAGUAGUAGCAGCAGCAGUUCGGACGUUCCCAAGCUUCACAGCAGACAGCCGUCUUGUGGAGCAAUUGGGGGUUCCAGGGCUAAGGUCCCAGUGGCUCCGCCAUCGCCACCGCCCCCUCUCAUCCGCCAGGGAACGUUCACUAAGGAUGAACCAACGAACCCGGAAGUUCCGGUCGUAACGUCCGCUCCGUCUACCCCGGCGAAAACCCUUCGCAAAUCGGGCUCCAUGAUCCCGAGCUCGGCUUCCUCCUCCCGACUGACCACCAUCGCCAAGUCGCGCAUCGUUCUUCACAAGAGCAUUAGUAUGGAUGCCAGCAAGACCACUCCCAGCACCCCGACGGCGGUUGCUCCAUCCGGCGAGAGCACACCCCUCAGCAGCCGGUAUCGACUGACUUCGGCACGGACCUCGCUGAUCGACUAUAAGAAACCAUCGACCGGUAUCAGCCGGUUGAGCACUCCGAUCAGUUCAAACUCUUCCAGCGAACAGUCGGUGGUGGUGACCACUCCGACCAGUCCGGGAUCGAUGAUUCCGAUGCGCCGGAAGAGUGGCAUAGCGUUGCCCAAGAGGACCAACCUGACGAUGAAGUCGAAUCCGGAUGUGCUGAAGGGCAAGCUGGACGGAGUGCGGAAUGCGUUUGUGAGAACGGCCGCUUCCGCGGUGAAAACCGGAACGCGGUGAAUCCGCUAGGGGUGGUUGACUGACAUUAGUUGGGAGCGACGGCACUGUUAACUUUUCGGGAGAAGAGGAGUUGCUUCCUGUUUGCCGCGGUGAUUUUUUGAGAUUUCAAAACAAAAAUUUGUUGGUGCAAUUUGCCGAGGCCGAGCCGCUAUUGUAUGAAUUCCUUAUUUUUCAAAAAACCAUCGAACGACGCACAGUGCAGAUUUCGUGAGUAUUUUUCUUUAUUUACAAAACCAUUCAAACAAAGUUUGAUGACCACCGUUGUCGGAGAAACCAACAGAAACACCCAGAACAACGACAGAGAGCAAUACGGCAAUUUGCUCAAUUUUUUUGUUUUAGUUACCUUUUAGUUUUAUCUGAUUUUAAAUUGUAAAAGCGAACCGGCGCAAACAGGAAUCCGCGGCAUCCCAAAAAUCGAACGAAAACAAAAAAAAAGAUUUCUUCCCUUCUCACCUAGCAGUUGGGUGUGGCGAAACAUUAAAGACUACUUAAAUAUGCAAAUGGAAGAUGAAUGUCCGCGAUGUUGCUUUCCCUCGAAUCGAUUGUAUUGUAUAAACAAAAAUUUUAAAUCAUAUAUGAAAAAAAAACAAAUUGUUCUAGUCCCAAAGCGUCACCGACAUCGAGAUAUAACCAAGCUUGACCUGACCCGAUCCUCAUAUUGGUAGACUGGUCUUUCGUGGUGGUAGAAGUUAAGCUUAGUAGAGAGACACACGCGAUUAUUAUCUAGCUAAGUUCCGUAUGUUUUAAACAAUAUACACAUUUGUCGCAAAUUUGCCAGUAACAAACAGAAACAAAAGUAGUCGCGUUGAACGUAAACAGUUGUAUUCAAUUGCUUGAAGAAGAAAAAAAAAACCGAAUACCCUGAAACCAAUAGUUCAUAUGAUAAACAACCAGAACCUAGAGAAUGGUGUGUAAAAGCAUUUACGGGGCAUAUUUACUCGAUUUCAAACACAGACUCGCUCGCUACUAUUAUUAUUAUUAUUAUUACGAUUAUUGCUACUAUGAUAAUUAUUACCGCUAUUAUUGGAAACAUUGCUGCUUACUAUUUGCUACCAAGAUUUUUUACGGUUGUCGAAGUACUGAAAUAUGAUCUUUUUUCGUUUAGAUGUUCUUAUGUUUCGUUCGUUUUAAAUGUUCGUUUCCGUUUUUUUUUUAAAUGUUUCACAAUUUUAGCGAAACAAAUUUUAAGUUCUGUCGAGAUUUUCGGUUUUAUGUUUUAGCAGAUUCCGGUUAGGAAGCAUAUCAAAACAGGUGAAAUUUGAAUCAAAAGAAAAUGUUAUAACGGUUCCCUUCCGGACACAGGCACACACACACACACAUACAAGUUGUGUAGUAGAUUGUAGAAAUUUUGUUCUGCCUAUUUAUUCCCUACACUUUUCUUGAAGCAACCUUGAAAUUGUACCAGAAAUUCGAUUGAUAUAUGAAUAAUAACAAUAUCUAUGAAUAUACGAUUAGUAUUCAGCUGUAAAAAGUUGCAAAAU